CGCUGGCCGCUCUUCCAGCCGCUUCUCUGCCUGCGCGGAGCGACCGGCCGCUUGCUGCUGGGUGUGCAAAGAGGGGCGGGGAAGCGCCUCUCUUCAUCCACGCCGGGAAGACAGCUGAGCUUGAUCUCUGCCCUCUAUCGGACUUCGGGGCUGGCGGUAGCACCGUGGCCGGACUGUCGCUGGCCGUUGUGGUCUCUCGCUACUGCUCUCCCGCUGUCGCUCUCUUUUGGGUUUGGGGGGCGGGGGUUGCAAGGAUCAAACGGUGCAAUGAUCCGCUCCUCGGCUUCCUAGGCGUUUUGGGAAUUGCUAUCCGCUGCCGCCGCAAGGAGAGACCCAGAGGAGAUCAACUCCGCAGUGUCCGAGCCGUGAACACUAUUUCUUUAAUCAAGCUUUUAAUGCCCCCACCUGGAGGCUUUAAAAGCAAGGCUGGAGCUGAAGGGAGGCGCUGCUUCAGGGGGAGAAACGCUGUUCCACCAAGGGUUUUUGACACCCAGGCUGCAGAAAGGAUCCAGUAUGCACUUUAAUGCAACCAGGAAGCAAAGUUGGAUCCUAGAAUCUGUCUAUGGGGAUAAGUAGGGCCUAGAAGGACAUAUUGCUUCACCAAGGAUCUGCAAUGGAUAAAAAAAGCAAUGGCUGCUUCUUACUGGUUAUUCUACUAAUUAGAAUGGCUCCAAGUCUCUCUUCUACCAUAAGUUAUACUGAGCCCACAUUAGAGCCUAUAGCAACUGAACAUUCAAGAAUGCGCCAGAAGAUAGUAGAUUCACAGUUCAAGUGCUAUGAGAGGAUGAACAGAGCACCACCAUACAAGAAAAAAGGGCUGUUCUGUAACCGGACAUGGGAUGGAUGGUUGUGUUGGGAUGACACGCCUGCUGGAGAAUUCGCUGACCAAAAUUGCCCUGAUUAUUUUCCAGACUUUGAUCCAACUGAAACUGCAACAAAAUACUGUGAUAAGACAGGAACCUGGUUCCGGCAUCCUGAAAGCAAUCGAACUUGGUCCAAUUAUACACGGUGCAAUUCUUUCACAAAUGAAAAGCGCAAGAUGGUAUUCAUUCUUUACUACAUGACUAUAGUAGGACAUGCUUUGUCUAUAACCUCCCUCUUGAUUUCCUUGGGGAUUUUCUUCUAUUUCAAGAGCCUCAGCUGUCAAAGGAUAACAUUGCACAAGAAUUUGUUUUUUUCGUAUGUUCUUAAUUCUGUAUUUACACUCGCCCACCUCAUUGCGGUAGUGUCAGAUCGGGACCUGGUAAAAAAAGACCCAAUAAGCUGCAAAGUGCUUCAGUUUUUUCACCAGUACAUGAUGGGCUGCAACUACUUCUGGAUGCUUUGUGAAGGCAUUUAUCUUCAUACCCUCAUUGUGGUGGCAGUAUUUGCUGAAGAGCAACGUUUGCAUUGGUAUUACCUCUUGGGCUGGGGGUUCCCUUUAGUUCCAGCAUCAAUCCAUGCUGUGGCAAGAACCAAAUACUUCAAUGAUAACUGCUGGAUUAGUGUUGACACUCACUUGCUGUACGUUGUUCAUGGACCUGUGAUGGCAGCUUUAUUGGUCAAUUUUUUCUUUUUGCUCAAUAUUGUACGAGUUCUGGUAACAAAACUGAGAGACACACAUCGGGCUGAGUCCAACAUGUACAUGAAAGCAGUCAGAGCCACUUUAAUCCUCGUGCCCUUAUUAGGAAUCCAAUUUGUCAUUAUCCCUUGGAGGCCGGAAAACAAAUUGGCUGGAGAGGUAUAUGACUACAUCAUGCAUAUAUUGAUGCAUUACCAGGGUUUACUUGUGGCAACUAUUUUCUGUUUCUUCAAUGGAGAGGUCCAAGGAGCUUUGAAGAGGCAAUGGAUGCAGUAUAAAACCCAGUGGGGUCAAAGGCGACGAGAACAUUGCUCUACGCGAUCUACCUCCUACACAGCAACAUCUAUCACAGAGGUUCCCAUUUAUCUAUAUCAUCAUGACUCCAACAGCGAACAGCUUAAUGGAAAGUAUAUAGAUGACUCUGAACUUGUUGCAUUGAAAUCAGGAGAGACGUCUGCUUAGCUCACAACUCGAGGACUUUGCUUUCUGUUUGUACAAUGAGAAGAGGAGAAGACCUCAAGGCCACUGCCAGAGCCUGCUCAGUCAGGUGACAGGAUGCGUCAUAUGCAAACUACAAGAACUCAGCUUUCUGAUGGCAAGAGUCUGACAGAGACAAGAGAUGUGGUGGCUACUAAAUGCUGCUCUAAAGUGCAAAAGGGACCAAGCCUGGAAUUACUAGGGUCAGAAGUGGGAUUUCAACCAGUUCCAGAUCUUGGCCAUAUGAAAUGAGGAUGUAAUAGUAAUAAACAUUUCCAUUAGAUCCCCCACUGGGAGAUGCCAUUGUUUCUACAGAUGGAUCAUUGUUGUCCAAGUGAACUAAAUGCAAAUAGGAGGCGGUCAACAGCUAUUGCAUUACUUUCCUUUUACACUAGACGUUGGAACCAUAAACAUGAGUUAUUUGUCAGACUUGGAAAGCUUCCCCCCCCCCCUUUGACUUUCAGUCGCUCAAAUGCUUUCAUAAAGUUUCUGCACUUAGCGCAAAACAAUAAAAAACCAUUCCAUUGUAUUUAAAUCCUCUCAAGAGGAUGUCAUUCUGUAUUAUUCUGACAUCAAGCACAGGACAGACGUGAAGGUAAAUUAUUUAUUGUGUCACAAGGAUUCAGAAAGAAUAGAUGAAGAAUUGCCUAAGAAACACAGUGUUCUGUCAGAAAGUCUAAUGAGAGGAUCCAGGAGACUCUUCAGUAUUCCAUAUGCUGGUUGCUUAAUAUUAAUCACUUAUACGGAAAUUGUCAGCCAUAUUUUUCAGCCCAGCAAUCAGAUAUAGGGAACAUUUUUUCUCUAUGAAUAAACUGUGAAAUGUACUUGUAAAAUUA